AUGAAUUCGGGAUAUAAAUAAAUGUAUUAAGCAAAAAAUUAAAGACAAAUAGAAAUAAAUUCUAAUUAUGAUAAUAGAGCCUAUUAAUCUAUCUCUCCUAAAAGCACUAACACUAAUAAUUAUAACUCAAAGAGUCCAACAAAUAUGAAUAGAAAAGCAAUACAAAUGCAACAUUAAAAUAUGCAUUCAUAAAAACCUUUGAUAUAAAAUAAUGAUUUUGAGUACUCACAAACAUAUCAUAUUGUUAAUGAAAUGAGUUUCUCAUCUAAAUCGCCUUAGUCUAGAAAUAAAACAAAUAUAUAAAUUCCUUUCUCCUCCACACCUUCAAGUAAGAAAAUUACUUCGCAAAAAUCCUCGCAAAGCUAAAACAAAGUACCAUUUUAAAAGUAUUAGUAAGGUUCCAACUUGAAUUUAAAUCAAUAAAUUGCUCCUCCACAACAAUCUUAUGUGUAGUAAAGAGAGUUUCUAAAUUCCUCUCCUAUAAAUCUAGAUAGAUUUGAAAAUCUAAAUGUUGGAAAAUAAAGUAUGAUCUAAAAGAAUAGUUUCCAAAAACCUAAUUGGGUAAAUUUAAAGCAGAAUAAUAAUAUAGCAAAUACUUAAUAGUCUUCUUCACCAAUCAAUAUGCAUAGAUCGGAGAUGGAUGAAAAAAGAGACUAAUAUGCUCAUGAUAGAUUUAAAAAUAACAAUUCUUAAUAAUUUUACCAAUCAAAUAGCUAUGCAAACUAUCCUAAGAUUUAGUUCUCUAGUAUUAAUAGUGUUGAUGAGCAUCAAUAAAGUAAUUUUAGAUCUCCAGAAUUCAACUAUGCAUAACCAGAAUAUGAUACACAUAAUGUAGUUAGAUAGAUAUAGUUUUUUGAUGAUGCCUCAAAGGAAAACUAUGAUUCAUUUAAACCCUCUAAUAGCAGAUCACCAUAAAAUAAAUUUAAUAAUCAUAAUUAUUCAGCUCACUAGCAAUAACAUUAGAAUUCUGUUAAUAAUUAAAAACACUACAAAUCAGAUUAUGGUAAUAAUACAUAGUACCAAUCAAAGUGUAAUGGGCUUGGUAAUAAAAUAUAACAAAAUAUGCUUUUUAAAAAUUCAGAUAAGCUAUUGAAAGAAGUAUGCUAAGAGAAUGAAUACUUUAGUGAUGAAUAGACUACAUAUUAAGUUAAUACAAUUUUAAGUACUAUCUAAAAAGAAAAGCAAAUAAUUAUGAAUGACAUGAACUAUCUUUUAUGUCAAGUAAAAAAAUAUAAAGGGUUAUGUAAGUAGUAAAAUUUAGAUUCAAAAUAAGAAGAUUCUGAAUCAAAAACUGAAGAUUAAAAUAGUAAUUUAAGUGAACAGCUUACUAAACCAUCGAAAUAAUAAAAAGAGCUAAGUUAAGAUCAGUAGUAGGAUUAGAUUUAAUUAGAAAAUAAGUCUUAAUCAAGCAAAAAGGAUUUAAGUUUUUUGUAAGAUUCUUCCAUCUGCUUAGAUAAAAAAUAAAAGGCAGUUAAUCAACUGCUUAGUAAAUGGGUUAGUGAAGAUGCUGAUGGAUGUUUAACAUUUGAAGCAGAUUCUCAACAAGAUAUUUUGCAAUCAAAUAGUAAAGAAAUAUAAGACUUAGAAAAUUUCACUUAGAUUAAUGAAUCUGAUUAAAAAUUAAUCAACCAAUAAAGGACCCAAAAAAAUGAAAGAUAAACAGAGAAAGAAGUGAAUAAUAGAAAAUAAAACUAAGAAUAAAAAUUAAUUAACUAAGAAUACAAGCAAUAAGAACAGGAAUAUAUGCCAGAGAGUGAAACUUAUUUGAAAAUGGCUCAUUUGCUAUCAGAGAUGAAUGUAGAUCCAUCUUUAAUUCUUCCUAAUCCUUCUAACUUGCCUCAGAAUAAUGAAGCUGUUAAAGAUAUAGAUGAUAGAAGCAUCAUAGAAAUUUAAAAGCUGAUUAUCAAAAAGUUAAUAAACAAGGUAGAAGAAGGAAAAGAGAUGAACAGUAUCCUUUUGUAAAAAUUGAAGUAUCAAAGUAAUCAAUCAAUAGUAAGUAUCUAAGGAAAUAAAAAAGAUAUGUCGCAAUUUACAACCCUUCGUUCAGAAGUGAAGAGUUGGAAUUUAGGCUCAGAUGAUAAACUCAUCAAAGGUAUUCAACAGUUUAGCGAUAAGCUCUUUUAGAACGCACAAACUUCUCUCGAUAAUUUUUAGGAAUUAAAAUAUUUGUUGAAUUCAUGCAAUAUCGAAAUAAACAAUACAUUCUCUCAAUAUCAAAAGCUUUCUGAGAGAAAGUUCACUGAAUAGAAAAUGGCACCAAUUAGUGAUGCGAUACCAACUUAGGAAGAAAAGAAAGAUACCCAAGACAGAAUAAGCACAGAAGCUAAAAGAAUUGAUUUCUUCAAAAAUGCACUCUCAAAAGGUCUGGAAGCUUUUAAUAUUGGAGGAAAUGAUGAACAAAAUGAUGAUUUCUAAGAUGAGAGAUCUGUGUCUUAGAAUAGUAUAACCUAUUCGGUUACAUCAGUCACCUCAGGAAUAAUGAAAAAUUAAAGACUACCCUUUUUUAUUGGUUCAAAAAUCUUCAUGGAUGAUAGACACAUAGGACUUAUUCUCAGAGAUGAUGAUGAUGACGAAGAUGCACCUCAAGAUGGAUAAAAUAUCAUCAGUUAAGAUGUUUAUGAUCCUAGUAGUAGCAGAACAUAAAGUUAAAUAAAUGGAAAUUCCAUCCACUAAGGUGAUCCAAAUGCAAACGGAAUCCCACCAGCUCCUCCAAUGGAUAAUAUGAAUGGAAUUCCUCCUGCUCCUCCUAUAAAUAUGAAUGGAGUACCUCCUGCUCCAGCUAUUGGAAAUUUAAUACCACCUGCUCCUCCUAUUAAUGGAAUUCCACCACCCCCACCUGUUAAUCUAAAUUAAAGUGGAAUACCUAAUGCUCCACCUAUUCUUGUCAAUAGCAAUGCACCACCUGCUCCACCUAUUAAUCUUUUUAUUCCUCCUCCACCAUCAAUAAAUAUGUAAGGAAGCAGUGCUGCUCCUCUUAUUCCUCAAUAAAAUUCUAUGGGUUUAGAAAAUAGCGGUGCAGUAGAUGAAGGAAAUUUGUAAUAAUAGCUCUUAAUGGCUUUAUAAAAAUAAACUAAUAGACAGAAUAGAGCACCAUCAACGGCUCAGCCUCGUCCUUUGACUCUUUAGGAAGAGAUUCAAAAAAUUGGCAGACAAAAAAAUUAAGACCAUGCUCUUGUCGAGUAAGAAGAAGAUCCUUCCUUGAUUCGUCCUCCUCCAGCUCCUUAAAAUAAUGCUCCUUUUAGAAUGUCUGUUAGAGAUGCUUUGACACAAAGUAUAAUUGGAGAUCCUAUGGCUGCUAGCAGUUAAGAUUAAAAUAGUAACAGCCAAACUAAAUAAGUUAAUAAAUAAUUGCCAGUUCCUUCUGCUUUGUUUUCUCAAGCUGGAUUUAUUAAUAACCUAAUGAACGAUGAAGAUGAUGAAGGAGAAGAAAAAUAAAAACCUACCAGGCAUAGAAGCACAAGAUUUACUUUCAACAAUCUUUUCAACAUAGAAAAACCUUAAUUUGAUGAAGAUGACUAAAUCGAAUUAGAUAAGAAUAAAAAUAACAAAAGUAAUGUUUCAUCCAUGGUCUAAUAGCCUAGUGAAGGAAAGAAAGUUUAAUUUAUGGAACCUAAUUAACAAAGCAAUUUAUUACCUCCACCUCCUCCUAUUGCUCCACCUAUUCCUAUUUUAAAGUAGGAGCCCCCAAAGAAGAAACUUGAAAAAUUAUUUGAAAGCUCUGAUGAAGAUAGUAAAGAUCCAUUUGCAAAAGCUUAGAAGAUAGGCUAAUAGUAUAGAUAAGAAGAAAAGCAAGCAAAAAUUUAAGCCAUCACAAGAUAAAGCACAAGUAAUAACACAAAGAAAAAAAUAUUUGAUGACUCUGAUUCAGAUGUUGAGAAUUUCAAAUCAAAAUAAACACCUGUGCCUCCAGUUCAAAAUAAUCCUCCACAAAGAUAAACAACUACCAAAGCUAAAAUUUUCAACAGUGAUAGUGAAGAUGAUGAUAAGAAGCCAAAAUAACAAGCUCCCGUUCCAGCUGUUAGCAAUCCUUUAGCUGCUUCCAGUAAUUCAAAACCUCAAACAGAUUUAAAACCUGCCAUUAAAAAUCCUUUAGGUGGCAUAGGCUCUAGAGUAUCUAGUAAAAAGAGAGGAUUAUAUGAUGAUUCUUCAUAAAACUCCAAUUCAGAAGAUGAAUCUUCUUCUGCUUAAGCUCAGAAUUCUUAGGCAGCUGCUUUAAAACAAUAAUAAGAAGCAGAAAAGCAAAAAUAAGAGGCAGAAAGAAUCUAAAAAGAAUAAGAACAAGCAAGAUUAUAAUAGGAAGCUCAAAAAAGACAAUAAGAAAAGGAAGAGGAAGAAAGAAAACGCAAAUUAGAGCAAGAAGAGCAAAUGAGACAACUUAAAUUGAAGCAAUAAGAAGAAGAAAGAAUUCUCAGAUAAAAAAUGGAAGAAGAGCAAAGAAAAAAAUAAUAAGAGGAAGAAGAAGAAAAGAAAAAGCAAGCUGCGGCUGCUGCUGCCUCUUAAUUAAGCUAACCUGUAGCUGCUGGUUUUGGAAGAACUGCAAACAAGACAAAAAAGAAAAAUAAAUUAGCAAGCUCUUCUGAGAAUGAAGAUAGUGAUGAAGAAGAUAAUAAUACUUCUUAAAAAAAUCCUGCUCCUCCAGUAAUCUAAACUACAUCAUCUAUUAUUACAUACAACUAAUAGUCUGUAGAUCCAGCUCCAGCAUUAAAUCCUAUGGAAGAUGCUUUAAAGAAUUCUGAAAAACAAUCUUCUACUUCUGAAAAUCCUAUAUCUAGAAACUAAUCUCUUACAAAUAGAGUCAGUCAAGCUUUAAAGGAUAAAAUUGAAUCUAUGGGUAGUUUUGAUCCUACCAAGAUGCUCAAAGGUAUGACUUUUAUUCCAAAAAAACCUGAAUAAGUUCAAGAAGAAAUCCAUAAAUCAGAAGAUCAAUAGCAACAGGAUUCACAGCCAAUUGAUAAGUCUUUAUUGAUUUCUACUUAAAUGGAUAGAGUUUCUAUUCCCAUGAAGAAGAAGAAAGCAAGAACUAUCUAAAAAUUUGUAGAUACUAGUGAUUAAUAAUAGCUUACAGUCAGCAAUAAUUUCGCUAGCAAUAAAGCUUCAAUUAUCUUACCUGAUGAUGAGGAUGAAAAACCUCUAGCAGUUCAGAAGAGAAAUAUUCCUAUCAAAGAAAAGGUAUCCAUAUAACCUCCUACUUCUAACCUGCCAAACAUAUCAAAUAUGCCUAAAAAAGGCCUUGAUUUAGGCAAUAGUGAUGAUGAUAGUGGUCCUCUAAUGUAAAAAAAAACCUAGCCUUUAUCAAGACCAUCUAAUCCUGUUACUCAGUCUCAAUCUAAGCCAAAAGGAGUAUUAGACUUAGGGGCAUCUGAUGAUGAUGACAAACCUUUAAUGAAUAAAAAACCCUAAGCUCCUGCUGUCUAAAAACAAAAUCCUUUACCUCCUUUACCUGCUGAUGAUACAAUUAAACCAAUUCAACAUAAUCCACCAGCUACUUUAACAAGCUCCCAAAAGAAUGAUGAUAGUGCUGCCUAAAAUAAACUGCUUAAGGGUCUUCCUAAUAUCUUAGGAGCUCCAAAAUCUUCUGAGAAUAAAAAAUCUACAAAGCUAAAACUUGGUGAUAGUGAUGAUGAUGACAAACCAUUAGCAAUACAAAAGCGUUAAGUUUAAUCAUUAAUGCCCUAAAAUAAUACCUAGUCCAAUUAGAAGCAAAAUAAUGACAAUGAUGAUUUAGGCAUUAAACCAAUAGCUAGAAAUUCUGAAAGCUUGCAAGGAGCAAGUGGAUUACCAAACAUUUUGUCUAAUCCUCUCUCCUCCAAUUCUAACCAAGCUCCAAGCCGCGCUUCAGGAUUACCUAACAUUUCUUCAAAUCCUUUAGGAAAAAGCAAUAUGGCAACUAAUAAAGAUAAAAAAGAUAAAAAGAAAAAGGUUAUGUUUAGCGAUGACGAAGAUGAAGAGCAAGAUUCUAAACUUGCUAUGCCCAAGUUAAAUUAAAGACCUUCAGCAGGACUAAGCAAUGAUGCAACAGAGAGUGUACCAAAACCAACUAGUUUGCCUCAAAGACCUUCUAAAAAGAAUCUUUUUGGAGAUGACAGUGAUGAUGAUUAGAUAGGCAACAACAAUGCUGCCACAAAUGCUCCUAAACCUCCAGAGAGACCUUCAGCUAAUUUAUCAGGAAAGCCAAAAGGCAGAAAUCUUUUUGAUGAUUCAGAUGAUGAUAAUAAGAAGCCAGAAGUUUCUGCAACAACAUCUAAUCCUCUUUCAUAAAGCAGUAACUUGAAUACAGCACCUGUUAAACCUUAACUUCCUUCCUUAUCAAAUCCUAAACCUUCAAAUAGAAAUUUGUUCAAUGAAGACAGUGAUGAUGAACCACUUAAAAAUGCUUCAAAAAAUCCUUUGGGUUAAGCAAAAGGCUUAUAAAACCCAUUAGCUUAAUCAAGACCAUCCUAAAAUCCACUUGGUGGAGGUAAAUAGGCACCUCCUUCAAAGCCUAAGAAGAGUCUAUUUGAUGAUUCUGAUUGA